GAAAAAGAUUCUCAGACGAAAAACCGAAAUUUUCUCGGAAAAUUCCGAAUCCAGAGAAAUCGCAAUGGAGGAAUCUUCGAAUCUUCCGUCGAAAGCGAGAGAGAUUCUUGUGAAUCCAAGCUACGAAGAAAUAGCCAUCAUUGUGAAUCAACUCUUCAUGCGUCAAGACUCUGUACAAUAUGAAACAUCGCGUCUUUUGUACAAUUUCUGGGUUUCUCAUAACCCAUCUUGCUUAACCCUAAAGCUUCUUAAAGUCUACCAAUCUUCUUCCAAUGGCGUUCUCAGAUUCCGAUCAAUCUAUCAACUCUCCGAAACCCUAACCGAUUUCAAGUUCAAACCCUCUCUCGACUCUCUUUACGAAAUCAAACCCCUUUUGAUUUCAUUCUUGACAAAUCAAGAAACCAAAGAAUCUGACGUAAAGAUCCUCAAAAGAAUCGUGUCUUGUGUAGCUUACAAUGUUGUGGUGUUGCAUAAAGACAAAUGGGACGAGCUCAGUGAUUGUAUCUUAACGUUAGCUAAUAGUGAACCUCUUAAAGCUUUUCAUGUCUUCAUCGAUUUGCCACGAGUCUACAAGGAAUUCAUUGAUAAGUUCUUGGAGAUGAUUUUGCAGAGAGCUGAGAAUGUCUUGCUUAGUCCAGCUAGAGUCCAAGAUUGGAGCUUGGCGUUUCAAACUUUUGUUAAAAUGUGGAUUCAGCUUGUUGAUACAGGUAUGAAUUUCAAGAAGAUAAGAGCGUUAAUGGCAGCUCGGCUUUCGACUGUUGUGAAAUCAGUAAUUGAGUUGGUGAAUGAGGAAGAGGAAGAGUUUUUGGUACAAGGGCUUGAAGAUUUUGAGAGGUUCUUCUCACGAGAUAUGAAUUUGUAUCAUUACACUAAAGAUCAAUCCCAUUUUGUGUUGGCUUCUAUGAUUGAGAUCGAAGGAGUAGUUAGAGGAACAGAGACCAAGGAGAUUGUGAGGAAGAUCAAAAUGUUGGUUACAGAACCGGAGAGUUCAGCCAUCAAACCACAGGAUGGUCUUAAGUAUCGUAGAGACGAAUUUGAGAGUAGCUGGUAUGAUUAUUUGAAGAGUUUAUCUUCACUUGAAGUGUUAAAGAUCUUUGCUUCCACUGAUCUUGAAGAUAGGUCUAGAGAGAUAGCAAUCAGACGAGUCAACGUGUUACUCUCUGAUCACUUCUCAAAGAAGGCGCCAAUAGACAUUUCAGAGUUCAGAAAACUCCAGCCAUUGCUUAUCUCUUGCCUUAAGGAAGAAGGAAUCUCUGACAGUUUGUUCAAAGUUCUAGGUCAGGUGGUGAACCAUGUUGCGAAUGAAAUGUUUGUCUUCCAUUAUGAGUCAUGGGAUGAUCUUCGUGACUAUUUUGCAUCGCAAAGCGAAACAGAGUUUCAGAGAGCGGUUUAUAUCUUCCAGUGCUUAACAAUACCGCUUAUUGAUGACGAUUUUUUGAAUCCCGUGAUGGAGAAUCUUUGUCCAGUGAUAAGUACAAGGCUAGACCCACCAACAGAGUUGUUGGUAGAUAACAGUUGCUGGGUCUUGGCGUUUACGAGUGCCUUCUGUGCGGUUAUUCACAUGAUAGAGGACCCAGGUUAUGCUGAAUCUCCUAAGGAGAUUGCAUAUAAGAUGAUAGAGUCAGUGAGAAAGCUUGUGGAAAGAGAAAUGGAAGUUGGACUUGUAAGGAGAGCUUUCAGAGAUGUGGAAACUAUUGUCAAGAAACAACUGGAAUGGUAUGGGAAGUUCGAAUACAAAUUCGUUAAGGGUCUGCUUUGGAGACUUUAUGCAGUUAAAGGCAUGAAAUGGGAAAGUAAGAUUGUGUUGUGGAGAAUCAACGUGAUUGUCGAGAGAGGAGUGAAAAAAGUGGAGAAAGAGCUGCCAAAGGAGGAUGAGUUUGAUUGGCUUAACCUACGUGAUGAUGAUGAUGAGGAUGAUGAUGAUGAUGAUGAAGAGAUUUACCAGGAGCUAGCACUCGAUGAUGCAGCUGUGACAGAGGCCUUGGAGUUGCACAAGAUAAGAGCCGUCAAUGGGCAAUUUUCAAAACUUGUGCUGUGAAAGGCCAAGGACUUUUUGAGGGCUUAGACUGGUAAGCGCAUGAGAAAUAUAAUCCUAGAAAGUUU